ACCUAUAUCAACCCCACCUGCAUACAGAGUGGCAGAUCCGAGGUAGAACACCUGUGUGGACAUUUCAAACAUUAUUACCAAAGUUCGACAAGGCAGUUUCGUACAGGGUUUCUUAUUAUAACUUAUCCAGCUAUUUAUCUGAACAGUAUUAGCGAUGCUGCUGGUUGUGUGUUUGUGUCUUACUGUGGUACAGCUGACCACUGGUCAGUUCCAACCUUUCCCUGGAACUAAUAUAAACGAUAGAAAUAAUGGACCCAUCGUUCCCGGACAGGGCUUUCAGCCGAUACCAAUCGGACCGAUACAGCCUGUGCCCCAACCCGGCCCUCAACCAGGGUUCCAGAAUAACCAAGUCCUCGCGGGCAGGGACCUGUUCGUGUACGGCACGUGUUACUUUAAUGAGACGGGUUCGAACAUCAGGGGACGAGUUGACUUCCAGCAAGCGAGAACAGGGGGCCCAACGCGCGUGCGUGUGCAGGUGGUAGGUUUGCCGCCAAGUCUGAUGAGCGACACGGAGCACGGAAUCCACAUUCACGAGUACGGCGACAUUGGACGCGGGUGCUAUGCUUCUGGUCCGCAUUUCGACUCGGAUACUUUUUCAUUCCACGGAUCACCGAACAACCUUGGAACAGGAAACUCCCACGAAGGAGACAUGGGUAACCUGCGCCAGUCUAACGCGGGUGUAAUUGACUCAGACUUGGUCCUCCCCCUGAUGAACCUCCUCGGGGACACGGGCGUCCUAGGCAGGGCGGUAGUGUUGCACGAGGGCCGGGACGAUCUCGGAAGAGGCGGAAAUUCGAUGAGCUUACAGACCGGAAAUGCUGGAGCACCAUUGACGUGUUGCGUCAUUGCCUGGUCAGACUCAACCAAUUGGAACAGUCCUUACAUUGCACGCAACGGAAACAAUUUCAACGCGAACCAAGGAGGUAACCAAAAUUUCCAAAAUGGUAGAUUUCAGCAACCUGGACAACAACAGUUCCAAGGAAAUGGUUUCGUUAACAACAAUUUCGCCGGAUGAAUGUUGCAGACUUUGGAGUUAAAGUGAAACAGACAAGUUGUUUAUUUCUUUAUGUUGCAAUGCUGGAAGUUGCAUUGAUUUCAGUGAACACAUUUUUUAAGAUAUAAUGCAUUAUGGAGUUGAAAAUCUCUUACGAAGGACAAAGAGAAGCUUUAAAGGACAGAGGAGAUGUUACAAUAGAGUAAAGGAUGCUUAUAGACAAUCAUUUGAAGGAUAGCUGAUCUGGAGACUGGUACUGAAAACCGGUAUCCAGCCUUGUAUAAAACACUUUGGUACUGAAUGACCCUAACUUUGUAGCGCACAUGGCUAUUUGCUUGAUAGCCUUCCGAUGAGCUGUUUGCUUGAAAACUCGUCCGUUUAUAAUGGGCAGCAUAGAGGGAAUUGGUCUACAUUAAUAAAUCCAACUCCGCCGAAUGGAUGUUUAACUUGAUAGAGGUUAAUCGAAUGAUAGUUUAAAGGAGUUAUUAGGCCCCACACUUUUUUUCAGCUCACCAGAGCGGUAAUGAUAAGUAAAACAGUAGAUAUAUUAAUAUGAGCAAGUUUACAGUGUGUUCAUGUUCAGAACAUCACGUGCCAGUGAAAGGCAUUGUUUCACAGGGUUCAUUUAUAUUCUUUAAAUUACUUUAGUUCUCUUGCCAGUCGUCAACUUGGUGGUAACCCUCGACAGUAAUCGCGUAGACCAACGCCUUUUUAACGUCAUCAUAUCCUGUGUACGUGUACUUAGUAAUGAAGGACUGUAAGUCUGUGAUUUGUGUAAACGUUUAAUGACGUUUAAAUAAUCUGUACGAUGACCACUGAUGUUUUGCUUUUUGUAUCUUUUUGAAUAUAAAUUCUUCAA